AUGCCUCGAACUGUCCUCAUCACCGGCGCCACCGGAAAACAAGGUGGCAGUGUGAUACAAGCACUUCUCGAUCAAAAUGCAGACUUUGAAAUCUUGGCCGUAACCCGAGAUGCCUCUUCCAAGAGUGCCCAGAAACUUGAAAGCAAAUCCUCAAACAUCAAACUUGUGCAAGGCAAUCUUGACCAAGCAGAAGAUAUCUUCAUCUGCGCUAAGAGGGUCACAUCGAAGCCUAUCUGGGGUGUUUUCAGCGUACAGGUUCCUGUUUCGGGUGGAUCAAAUCAUGAUGCAGAGGUGAAACAGGGCAAAGGGCUGAUCGACGCUGCCCUUAAGCACAAUGUCAAGUUUUUCUUAUACUCAUCCGUUGAUAGAGGUGGCGAAGCCUCAUUUGAUAGCCCUACGCCGAUCCCACACUUUAUUAGCAAGCACAACAUCGAGCAUCACCUUGUUCGAAGGGCGAAAGACUCCGGAAUGGACUGGACGAUCCUGCGCCCGGUCGCCUUUAUGGAAAACUUCACUCCAGACUUUUUCGGCAAAGUCUUCACGACGUCUUGGAAAAUUGCUGUCAAAAAUAAGCCUUUGCAGUUAAUUUCAACUAAAGACAUCGGGUUCUUCGGCGCGAAGGCUUUCCUCUCGCCUGACCAGUACAGCGGAAGGACCCUCUCGCUUGCGGGCGAUGAGCUCACCUUCAAUCAAAUGACUGAGACUUUCAAGACCAAAACUGGAAAGAAUGUCCCGAUGACUUUUGAGUUUGUUGGUAAAUUGCUGAUGUCGACGAUGAAAGAUCUGGGUUAUAUGUUUCGAUGGUUCUACGAUGUUGGAUAUGGCGCGGACAUCUCUGCGCUCAAAGAAAUGAAUCCUAACCUGAAGGAUUUCAAGACAUGGCUCGGGGAAGAGAGUAGUUUUGAAACAAAAUAA